AUGGGUCGAGGGUUUUUAUGUAUCGUUGGUGUGGCAGUCGUGGCGUUGCUACUAUUGACGAUCGCGACACUUUUUUGUUUGUUAAUGCUUCUUGUCCAGCUUGUAACGCUGCGUUAUACGCUGAUGAGUGGUGCAGUAGCGCUUACGUUAUGGUUUGUAAACUCACGGCGACAACGUUAUGCCAAGGGUUUUUAUUCGUGUUCACGGGUGCCUCAGACGCAGUCGUCGCAACAGGCGGAGGAGAAGGCAGCACUGUUAAAAAGAGAACAAGAGAAGGAAGAAGCACUGAUGCAGAUGAAGGCAGCCGUGAGCUAUACGGCGUACGCUGAAAUGUUGUCGGGUCAUCAUAAGAAGGUGGUGACGACACCGCCGUCCGAGACAGAGUCAGAAGACGAUGACAGUGAGGCUGUAGGGGCAGGAGAGGCCAGGGAGGUUGUAGGGGCAGGAGAGGCCAGGAAGGUUGUAGGAGAAGGAGAGGCCUGUAUCAACAAGAAGGUGCAGACGAACGCCCCGUAUUCCAGACACUGUAUGAGCUUGACGGAUGUGAGAAUGCGUAGUCACACUACAGAUGCAAAACCACAGGGGCAAGAAGCAACACGUCUACGGUCUUCUUCGGCAAUUGGUGGUAGCAGAUUUGGUAGAUCGAGUGCGAGAGGAAAAGUUGUUUGCACAAGCAGCGCAGACGGGACGGCGGAGAAACGAAAAAUUCCGAGACGUCGAGCAGAUACGGGUAUGAUGAACAAUGUGAAGCAGAUGGAGCGGUCAAGACGCGCUACAUUUGCAUCCAAGCAGGAUGUACGUACGGCUUCAAGUCGAUCUAAUUCAGAGGAUGCAUUGCGCGUGGAAGGUUAUUGGAUUGGAGAUUUUUGCGUGCAACGGCGUGUGGUGUCUCGUCGCGUUCACCACGCCAACAGUCCGAAGGCCAAGUAA